ACAUUCCAAAGGUUCAGCCCUAUCAAACAAACUCAGACAGUUACGGGAUGAUGUAAAAAGGUUUAUCUCAGCUCUGAAACCGGAAACUCAACAUUUAGGACUUCAAGCAACAACAGGUGCAUUUGGUGUUCUCUCACUUCUUUCACUUUUAAUUCUGCUACAAAGGAGAGAGGUUGUGUAGACAACAUGUCAGGAAUACCAACAAAUAAAACGUCCUUCUUUCGUUCAUACUAUGAACAUAUAACUCUGCCUGUUGUUUACACCUUUGUUUUUAUCAUUGGUCUGGGAGCUAACGGAUGGGCGGUGAGGUCCUUGAUGCAGAAAUGGAAAAUUCUUGGACACAUUAAUGUGUUUCUUCUGAACCUUGGAAUUGCCAAUUUUUUGUUCCUGCCAAGUCUCCCAUUUUUGUCAGCAUACUAUUUUAUGAGGAAUAAAUGGAUCUUUGGAGAUGCCUUCUGCAAGGUCACGAGAUUCUGCUUCAACUUGAAUUUAUACGGCAGCAUUGGAUUUCUCACCUGUAUAAGUGUGUACAGGUACCUGGCUAUUGUCCAUCCAAUGAGGGUGAUGGGAAGAAUAACCGUCACUCUCUCUGUAGCUAUCUCAGUUGUGGUUUGGCUGUUGGUGAGUGUUCAAAGUCUGCCAGAUAUGUUCUACCUAAAAACCUCCGCAAACAACACUGAUACAAAUAGAACUGAAAAAUGUCACCAUACCACCACUACAAAGUAUGUCGAGAAUUACCUGAAAUACAGUGUUGGUUGGACAUUGACUGGGUUUGUUAUGCCACUCCUUAUCUUACUUGGCUGCUAUGGACAUGUGACUCUUGUUCUCUGCCGCAAAAAUACCAUUAAUAAGGUGGUGAAACAAAGAAGCUUAAGGUUGUUGUUCAUUUUGAUUUUGCUCUUCUCGGUUUGUUACAUCCCCUAUCAUAUUUUUAAGAACCUCAGCCUUUAUUCAAGAGUUUUGAUAAAACACAGGAUGCGUCCAAAAUGGGAUAAGGGAGUCUUUUGUGCUCAUCAGAUCAGUCGUGGUCUUGUGUGUCUGAAUAGUGUUUUGAACCCCCUGGUUUACCUCCAUGUCAUGGAUAUUCCUGCUCAGCUCCAACAGCUGCUUCAGCGGUUUCGUCAGACAUUUACUCGUUUGUUUGUGUCAAACUAUGUCAGUGUGCCUGUGGCACAAACUGCAAACACAGCAAUAUCUUAACAGUAAAUAAUGACUUUGCAUGCAAAAGUAACUAAGUUAGAGACUGCUUUAUGUACUACAAUGUGCUUCAUUCUCUUAAAUAUCACUCGCUUUUUCUGGAUAACAGUUUUGGCACAAGUGGUUACACAAAUAUGUAUAUAUACGUUUAUCUAUGUUUUUGUUUCCUAUUCUAUUGCCUUGUAUUCUGUGAAUGACUAAAAGCUGGUGGAAUGCAUUUACUCUUUUGGUUUAAAACUCAUUCUCCUUAUCUUGUAUGCAAGAUGUCAAUGUUAUUCCUUGUUAUUGCUCUGUAUUAGCUUCACUAGCUAUUAGUGUUUAGCUAAUGAUGUUAUAGAUCUGAAAUAAAUGUAAUUUAAAUCCUUGAAACUUGCAUUAUUCAAACCCCUUACAACAACAACUUUCACUUUAAGGAUAGAUCAGGACAGAACACUGGCAGAUUAGUAUAAUUUAUUUCAUAUUUAGUGCUAUUAUCGUAUUCUUCGCACUUUUCAAGAAACUCAGCCUUUAUUCAAGAGUUUUGUCAAAACGGCUGACGAGUCCAGAUUGGGAUGAGGGAGUUUUUGGUGCUCAUCAGAUAAGUUGUGGUCUUGUGUGUCUGAAUAGUGUUUUACCUCCCCUGGUUUACCUCCUUGUAAAGGAUUUCCCUGCUCAGCUCAGGCAGCUGGUCCGGAAGUCUUGUCAGAUGUUUAGUUGUCUGACUCUGUCAAGCAGUAGCAUCAUGCCUUUGGCACAAAUUACACAAAUUACGCUUUCUCAAUCACAGCUGAGUUUAAAGACUGCAUUAUGUAUUUCAUUUUAUAUCAUUCUUUUAACUAUUAUUCUCUUUUUUUGAAUAACACUUUUGACAAAAAGUAAAAAGUAUACACACACUUCACACUCAAGCUAUUGCUGACACAGAGUCCAGAUGUAUAUGCAAUGUAUUUUGUAGUGGCAACCUCUGCUUUGUUUUCUUUUUUGUUAUUGGUCAGUUUAAAAUCUUAGACACUUCAGAAUUGUUGUGAAAAAUAUUGGCAGCAUACAUCCUCAGAUUUAAAACGACCUUCAUUGACCUUAUUUGCCAUAGCCGGUAUAAAGGGCUGUUGCCUCAUUUGUCCUUUUGUUCAUCGCCAGAUUGUUUCAUCAUCUUCUGCUGUAAUAACAUCCAAACUUCCAGUUUGUACUACAUAAUCAUAUUUCUUGUUAACCUUUAAGUUCCUGUCAAAGAUUUAACUUGUUUUUGUUCUGUCAUGUGUAGCUCUGUGUUCUGUAGAAAACCUUUGGAUAUAGCCACUGUGAAAUUUAGGUGGAUUCCUCUGAUGCACAUUUCAUGCCCAUCAUGAAUAAACUUUUCAAUAUUUAACAGUUAUUAUCUACUGGGUCUAAGCUUUGUCAUUAAUAAUUAG